CCGCCGGGAGCGGGCGCUCYCCGAGGGGCUCGGCUGAGGCGCAACAUGGCGGCGCUCGGCGGGCGCUGAGCGGGGCCGGAGCAGCGGACACGCACCGCGGGCAGGCGCCGGCCAGGGAAGGAGGGAGGGAAUAAUCCGUAGAACUGCGGAGAAAGGUGGCGGGGCUGUCUCGGGCGGCCCCGAGCGGCGGCGGCGAUGGCCCAGUGCGUGCAGUCGGUGCAGGAGUUCAUCCAGGACUCGUUCGUGCCCUUGGUGGCCGCGCUGUGCAGCGAGGAGGCGGAGCGGCUCACCCGCAGGAACAACCUGAGUUUCGCCGAGCUGGUCAGGCCCUUCUGCCGCCUCACCUCGGAAGUUCACAUGAGAGAUCCUAAUAAUCAGCUUCACAUCAUUAAAAAUUUGAAGAUUGCUGUCAACAACAUCAUUACUCAACCCCCUCAGCCCGGUGCCAUUCGGAAACUUCUGCAUGAUGUUGUGUGUGUCAGUCAGCCUGCGGAAGGACUGGUAGCUAAUGUGAUCACAGCUGGAGACUAUGAUCUCAACAUCAGUGCUACUACUCCUUGGUUUGAGUCUUACAGAGAGUGCUUUCUUCAGUCCAUGCCUGCAUCAGAUCAUGAAUUCUUAAACCACUAUGUUGCAUGUAUGCUGGUAGUUUCUUCUAGUGAACCUGACCCUGUGGAGCAGUUCCUGAAGCUGUCACAAGAACAACAUCGGAUUCAGCACAGUAGUGAAUACUCAUAUCCCAAGUGGUUUAUACCAAACACACUCAAAUAUUAUGUKUUACUGCAUGAUGUAAGCGCAGGAGAAGAACAAAGAGCUGACUCCAUUUAUGAAGAGAUGAAACAGAGGUAUGGAACUCAGGGUUGCUAUUUGCUGAAAAUAAAUUCUCGGGUGUCUAACAGAGGAGCAGAUGAACAGAUACCAGAUCCUUGGAGUCAGUACCUUCAGAAAAACACUAUCCAGAACCAGGAUUGCUAUGAAGAUUAUACUGUUUCAAACAAGAAUACUGACCACUUGAUAGCAGAUGGCAUAGACAGUGAAAUGAAAGAUGGCUUGUCAAAUAACUUUAAGACUCACCCCCUUCAACUGGAUCAUCCCAGUGGCAGUUUGGAUAGCACUGAUUACAUGAAGGCUUCUACAUCACUGCAAGACUCGAAGAAGACAAAUUCUGGGACAYCUCAUGGUGCUUGUUUAACUCUCACAGAUCACGAUCGAAUUAGGCAGUUCAUACAGGAAUUCACGUUUCGGGGACUUUUGCCACACAUAGAGAAGACAAUUCGACAGCUCAAUGAUCAGUUAAUAUCCAGGAAAGGCUUGAGUCGGUCACUGUUUACUGCUACUAAAAAAUGGUUUAGCGGCAGCAAGGUUCCAGAGAAAAGUAUAAAUGAACUCAAGAAUACUUCUGGUUUGUUCCAAACCUCAUAURUAGGUGUUUUUGCUCAUGUAACUAUGCAAUUUACUGCAGUAGAGUAUGAAGAAAUGGCAGCAGUGUCAGCUUUUCUUCAGCCUGGAGCUCCUAGACCAUAUCCCGCUCAUUACAUGGAGACAGCAAUUCAGACYUAUCGAGAUAUCUGCAAGAACAUGGUUCUGGCUGAACGCUGUGUACUACUUAGUGCUGAAAUCUUAAAAAGUCAAAGCAAAUAUUCAGAGGCAGCUGCUCUUCUGAUUCGUUUAACCAGUGAGGAUUCAGAUCUUCGCAGUGCACUCCUGUUGGAGCAGGCAGCCCAUUGUUUYAUAAACAUGAAAAGUCCCAUGGUUAGAAAGUUUGCAUUUCAUAUGAUAUUGGCUGGCCACAGAUUUAGUAAAGCUGGUCAGAAGAAACAUGCCUUACGUUGCUACUGUCAAGCCAUGCAGGUUUACAAAGGGAAAGGCUGGUCUCUUGCAGAAGACCACAUUAACUUCACCAUUGGUCGUCAGUCCUUUACACUUCGUCAGCUGGACAAUGCUGUGUCUGCCUUCAGGCAUAUUUUGAUCAAUGACAGUAAACAACCUCCAGCUCAGCAAGGAGCUUUUUUAAGAGAAUAUCUUUAUGUCUAUAAGAAUGCAACCCAGCUGUCACCUGAUGGUCCCUUACCACAGCUUCCUUUACCAUAYAUUAACAGCUCAGCAACUCGUGUUUUCUUUGGGCAUGAUCGACGGCCAGCAGAAGGUGAAAAGCAGGCAGCUACRCAUGUAAGUCUGGAUCAGGAGUAUGACUCGGAAUCAUCACAACAGUGGAAGGAGCUCGAGGAGCAGGUUGUGUCUGUGAUAAAUAAAGGAACAAUACCUCCAAACUUUCAACCAACGCAGUUCUGUUUAAAUCGCUACUCAGAUAACUCCAAAUUUCCGCUUGCUGUGAUAGAAGAACCAAUAACUGUAGAAGUGUCCUUCCGAAACCCUCUGAAAGUUCCACUUCUUUUGACUGACCUUUCAUUGCUSUGGAAGUUUCAACCUAAAGACUUCAGUGCAAAGCAGGAUGGAGAAACAAAAGAGCGGGAUAUACGUGAUGAAGAUAUGGUAGGAACUGAAGCAAUAGCAGAGUUUUUAAUUAAUAGUGAGGAGACAAAAGUGGCAAGACUAAAGCUCUUUCCCCAUCAAACAGGGGAGCUACAUAUUCUGGGAGUCGUUUAUAAUCUUGGCACUGUUCAAGGUGCUAUGCCAUUAGAUGGGAUAGAUCCUUCUAUUGGAUUACAGACAGGAAAGUUUGUUUCCAAUGGAUUAUCYGUACGAGGACGACAAGAUUUAGAAAUCCAAGGACCUCGACUUAAUAACACAAAAGAGGAAAAAACAUCGAUUAAAUAUGGACCUGAUCGACGUUUAGAUCCCAUUAUUACAGAAGAAAUGCCUUUGUUGGAGGUGUUCUUUAUAAAUUUUCCUACAGGACUUCUCUGUGGAGAAAUCAGAAAAGCAUAUGUAGAAUUUGUGAACGUAAGCAAGUGUCCUCUUACUGCACUGAAGGUCGUAUCCAAGCAUCCAGAAUUUUUCACUUUUGGUGGAAAUACUGCUGUUCUAACGCCACUAAGUCCUUCAGCCUCUGAAAACUGUAGUGCUUACAAGACUGUUGUGACAGAUCCUACCUCUGUGCGAACAGCACUGCUGUCUUCAGCUUCUUCUGCAGACUUUGGGGUUGGCACAGGAGGUUCACCUGAAGUAAUACAGGUUCCACUUCCUGAUGCUGUUCUUCUCCCUGGGGCUUCAGUGCAGCUGCCAAUGUGGUUACGGGGACCAGAUGAAGAAGGUGUUCAUGAAAUUAACUUCUUGUUUUACUAYGAAAGUAUUAAAAAGCACUCAAAAAUGUGUCAUAGAGUACUAAGGCACACUGCAGUUAUUUGUACCAGCCGGUCUCUGCACAUUCGGGCUACUGUUUGCAGAAGUAAUGCACUUGGGGAUGAAGAAGGCAGAGGGGACAACAUGUUGCUGUUUGUGGAUGUAGAAAAUAUCAAUACUAGUGAGACAGGCGUUAAGGAAUUUCAUAUAGUGCAAGUUUCAAGCAAUAGCAAGCACUGGAAACUUCAAAAAUCUGUUAACAUCUCUGGAGACAAAGAUACGAAACUCGCUAGCAGAGAAAGAGCAAAACUAUGUUUUAAAGCAGUGAGAUGCAAAAACUCAGAAGAAAAUUACACAUUUGCAGAUAUUGUCUUUGGAAAUGAACAGAUAAUAAGUUCAGCCAGUCCUUGUGCAGACUUUUUUUUCCAAAGCYUAUCCUCUGAAUUUAAAAGAACACAUGUGCAAUCACAUACUCAYGCAUCUCAAAGGGCAGUGAAACAAUCGUUUGAUGAAACAGUCAGAUUGAUACAAAGAUGCAGUGAAGUCGAUUUGAACAUUGUGGUACUGUGGAAGGCAUAUGUUGUGGAAGACAACAAGCAGCUUAUUUUGGAGGGCCAGCAUCAUGUUGCCCUUAACACAGUUGGGAAGGAGGCCUUUUCAUUUCCUCAGAAGCAGGAAUUACCAGAAACGGUUCUCUUAAAGUUUUUUCGACCAGAAAACACACYGGUACCUGCAAGACCAACACCAGAGCAGCUUUCUAAUCUUAUUAAGACAAGUCUUCAUUAUCCAGAGUCUUACAAUCAUUCUUUCCGUCAAAAAAGCCUCUGUCUGGUACCUGUCACUCUCCUACUUUCCAAUUGUUCCCAGGCUGUUGUAGAUGUGAUGAUUGAUUUGCGSCAUAAACCAACAAGCUCUGAAGGACUAGAAAUACACGGAUCUUUUACAUGGCUUGGGAAAACACAGUACAAGCUUCAGCUUAAAGGCCAGGAGGUCUAUAGCUUGCARCUCAAGGCUUGCUUCGUUCAUACAGGUGUUUAUAACCUUGGAACYCCCAGAGUAUUUGCCAAGCUCGUGGACCAAGUUACUUUGUUUGAAACAAGUCAGCAGAACUCCAUGCCUGCACUGAUUAUUAUCAAUAAUAUCUGACCACUUCCUAAAAAAAAAAAGGACUAAAAGAUAAAAUAAAUGGGAUUCUUUUCUUACAUUGCUGGUUGACAUUUUGCUGCAGUUUUUUUGAAAUAGCACCUCAAACAUCUAACUUGUUACUAAAGAUCGUGUAGAAAAGAAAAUAGCAAACUAUUCAGAUGACUUGUCAGUUUGUUUCUCGAUGCAAUGCACGUUGGACUGAAAAUAUGUUUAUCCUUUUAUAAUGUAUUUCUUCUCUGGUAAUUAAGAUACUCAUAACACAAAAUACUCUAACUCCUGAUCUGAACAUACUUKUAUGUCCAAUGCCCUGUCAAAAAUGCAGCUUGACUGCUGUUACAACUUCCAGCAUGGUGUGUUUAAUAUUUGUGGCUGUAUUAGGAUAUGGUUCAGGAAGAARACCUCAUUGGCUUUUUCCUGUCUGAAGCCAUUAGUCAUGGUAAAUCCCAACCUUACUGUGAAGUUCAAUAAGGUCUCUCAAAUCCUUUUCUGAUUCUCGGUUCUUAAGUUUAAAAUUUUGUUUUCAUAUUUAUGGAAACUGGUGACUUUUCAAGGUUUACAUAAAAGUCCACGUAGGGUGUUUAAAAACAUAAUUUCUUGAACCAGUUUGAGUAUUUUCUCAUUCAUCUCAAAACAGAAUGCACUAUUUCACAACCAUGAGAUUGUCAUUUAAAUUGUCACUUACUUUAUUAUGUAACUAUAACAACUGAUCUGUUAAAAAAAAUCUACUCAAGAUUUUCAAGAAAUGUAUUAUAUUUAUAACAAAUGUACUGUAAAUAGAAUAAAGCAUACACCAUAU